GUCGAUUGGUGGCGCUGUUACAAGUAAUUGCGUGCUCAAAAAAUUCCCCGCUUCGCUCUUGCCGAAAAUGCGUGUUGAUGUUGUUUGGUUUGUUGAAAUUUACGAUUAGUUACAAUGAGUUCUGGAACCGAAAUGGAGUGGCACCAGGAGGUCAUCAUCAAGGCGCCAAAAAGUGAUGAUGAAGACUGUGAACCCAGUCAAAAAUCAUGCAGGAAGCUGGGAGCACUCAGCCACCAUAUUCAGAAGUUCAUGAACCAGCCGGAACUCUCCGACGUCGCGCUUCGUUUUGCUGGGAAGCAGUACAGAUCCCACAGGCUAAUCCUAGGGGCGUGGAGUGGGAUCUUUGAGGACAAGCUCGCUAAGGCUCCACGGAUGGGCACUGCUGGGGGCGAGCCAGGCCAACCCUUUUUAUUGGACCUCGACGAGGAUGGCUUUGCUCCGACAUCGGGAAGCAACAGCGGCAGUGCGGAGGACACUGAUGCUGCCUUCCAGCAGUUCCUUAAGUUCCUGUACUCCGGCAAGGCAGAACCCACCCAGGGAACGGUCAAGGUGGUCCUGAGUCUUGCUCAGGGCUACAAGAUCAAGCCACUGCAGGAGAUGUGCGAGCGGUUCAUUGGCAAAGAUAUCGGCCAGCACAACAUCGACAGUGCCCUGGAGUGGCUCGGGGAAGCUGAAGCCAAGGACCUGGGGUUCCUGAAGGAGAGUUGCCUCAAAGUCCUGCGGUCCUACGUCCAGUACAUCCCUGACGUCGCCUGGCAGGCGUUGCGGUUGGACCAGCUGGUCUCUAUCAUCGAGAGCUCUGAGGUUGUCGUAGAGGAUGAGUAUUGUCUGUUUCUGAAGAUUGAAGCCUGGAUCAAAUCGAAGCAGGUCACCGAUGAGAAUCUGUGGGCCACUCUAGAGGUGAUCCUGCCUCACAUUCGCUUCUCCAACAUGACCAUCUGGCAGCUCCAGCAGUUCAGCAAGUCCAGACUCGGCCAGCAGAUUUCCCAGAAGCGUCCUGAGAUCGUCACCGAGGCCCUCCAAGUCAGGGCUCUGGCCUCAGAAGAGGUGGACUUCUCAGAGGUGUCCGAGAUUCAGUUCGUCCCGCCGCGCCUGUACUUGAAGUUCGUGCCUCCCGGCGGGAGGCUGUCCAGCAUCAAGGAGGCCAAGAAGGACAUCUUCACGCGGGCCCGGGUCAACCACACCCUGAGCAACUACUCGGAUCGUCGGGCUCAAGUGUGGCGCAGCAAUCCACAGAACAGGAACGUGCACCGCAAUGCCGCGGACGAAACGUGGGAGGUUAACAUCAUGAGCAGACAAGAAAACGUGGGGAAGUUGUGGCGCGUGCAGGUCCUGUUAACUCCCAAAUGGGAUCACAUUGGCAAGGAAUACCGCAUUGUCUUGUACAUCAAGUCCAAGGAAGACACAACGAAUCCCAUCAUUAUCACCCACAGUGGAACUGUCGAAAAGGGUACUAAGCGCGCCACGGCUGAUGGCAUCGUCCUAAUUGGGCCCUACAUCCUGGAAGAAAAACCGGACUACAUAUAUUCUCGUGAGGUUGUGUUUAUCAAUUAAUAACACAACCAUCCAUUCAUUCUAGAUUUAAGAUUUCUACUACAUGUAUUAUUUUUGGUCUAGAUUUUCUCGACCAGAAAACUCUGAUACACUGUGAUGACUCACAAAUGGACAUGGGAUAGUGAAAAUCUUGGUAAGUUUGGAAAAAUCUAGACGAAAGUUUGAAUCUGAUCAGUGUCCAAUAUGAAGUACAAAAGAAAGUUGCAUCAUAAUGGAAUGUA